AUGGGGCCCCCAAGAGAUACAGAAGAGUCAGACACAGAGAAAGACUUUUUGAAUGAGAAUGUCAUUCCUGGUACACCAACUGCAAAGACGAGUGGUAUUGUUUCAACCAUUAUUAAGAAAUGUGAAGGGCUUACAGGAAAGUUAAAGAAAAAAAAGGUCGAAACACAGUCGGCACCAGCACCAGCAGCAACAGUUCGCUCUAGCAGGAGGUUAUCAGAGGUUUUCAACAAAGGAGACCAUGUCGAGGCACUUUGGCAGGAUAGAAACCCAGAGUUGAGAAAGUUCUACAAGGCCAGCAUUGUUGCUGUUGUAUCCUCUGGCUUGUAUAAAGUCAGGUUUUUAGACGAUGGACAAUAUCGGUUUGUGAGCAAGAAGGACUUGAGGAGGGCAUAGAAUGAGAGUAGAAAUAAUACUUAAACAGGCCAUUUAUGGAAAACAAGGGAUAUACAAAUUUUAAGAGUUGUUUGCAAAUUUGAUAAGGUCAAUGAUAUUAAUAAAAUGUUAACUGAUUUUUAGUUUUGAAUUAUUUAAUUAUUAUUUGAUAUUUGUAGAAGUAAAUUUAUCAGAAAAGUGCAUUCUUUAAGAUAUCUUUGUUGAGACAUGUUUUGAUUAUUUAAGAAUACUUACAGAAAGUUGCAGUUUCUGUCCAGACUAAACUGGUAUACACUGUAUAUUGUUACAUAAAUUUUUGUGACCUUGUAUCAGU